AUGAGCGGCGAGAAGUCGCUGGAACGCGAUGCGGCUGCGUUUCGGAGACUGGCAUUCAUCGGCGUCUCCGUCUCGACCGUCGCCACUUUGAUCUGUGUCCUCUCGGUGCCACUUUGCUACAAUUACUUGCAACAUGUGCAAUCAGUGAUGCAAGCUGAGGUUGACUUUUGUCGGCAGAGAUCCUCAAAUAUUUGGAAAGAAGUCACCAGAACACAGGUUCUUGCUCAAGUCUCAGGUCAACGAGGAAAGCGGCAAGCUGGUUACGAUGCUCAAUCGCUAGGUGUUGAGGGACAAUUCCCGAUUCAAGGAGCAUGUUGUGGUUGUGGAGUGUCACCGACGGGACCCGCAGGCUUGCCAGGGCCUGAUGGCAGAGAUGGAGAGGAUGGACCACCUGGAUUCCCGGGAAAAGACGGCCCACCCGGCGUUGAGGCACCCCCACCACCAAAUUUGGACUGGUGCUACGAGUGUCCUGAUGCUCCAGCUGGCCCACCCGGUCGCCCAGGACCUAAAGGAUUUGCUGGAGGUCCAGGACUUCCCGGAAAACCUGGAGAGGCUUCAGUUCGAGGUCCACCUGGAGGAGUGGGAGCAAUGGGACCGCCAGGACAGCCUGGAGUUCCUGGAGCUAAAGGAGCGCCCGGCACUCCGGGAAUCCUCAGCGUUGUGCCUGGACCUGAUGGUCCGCCAGGAAUCCCAGGCGGACCUGGAUUGCCUGGUCCUGAUGGAUUCCCUGGCCAGCCUGGGAAACCGGGAUUGGACGGGAGUCCGGGAGAAAGCGGAGGCUCGGGAGCACCAGGAAUUCCUGGGAAACCGGGAAUCCCUGGAGGUCGAGGGCCCGAUGGAAUGGCUGGACCUGCAGAGUGGGCUCAUUCGCUCUCAAGAAAGAUGACAGCAGACGUUAAGCAACUCGAGGCGGAGGCCUCCUCUUUGAGAAAAGUCGCCUUUUUGGGAGUGUCAAUCUCAACUGUGGCCACCCUAGUGUGUGUCCUUUCCGUUCCCAUGCUCUACAACUACCUCCAGCACAUGCAAUCUGUCAUGCAGUCUGAGGUCGAUUUCUGCAAAUCUCGUUCAUCGAACAUCUGGAGAGAAGUCACGAGAACACAGGUCUUGGCCAAGGUCUCCGGCGGAGCCCUGAGGUCACGGCGUCAAGCCGGCUACGGAUCGAGCGGUGUGGAGGGUGGCUUUGAAGCGGCACCGGCUGGAGGAUGCUGUGGCUGUGGAGUCUCCCCACCAGGACCCCAAGGACCACCCGGACCCGAUGGAGACGAUGGACAAGAUGGACAAUCCGGUCUUCCUGGAAAUGAUGGACCUGAUGGCCCGUCUGCCACACCAGCUCCUCAACCCGAUUGGUGCUUCGAUUGCCCAGAGGGACCAGCCGGACCCGCUGGAAACGCUGGACCCAAAGGACCAUCCGGAAACAAUGGAAACCCUGGAGGACCUGGAGCUCCUGGAAAUCCUGGAGGCCGUGGCCAGCCCGGACCUCAAGGACAACCCGGACAGCCAGGAAAUGCUGGAAACCGUGGACAGCCUGGACAACCUGGACAUAUCAAUGAGGUUCCCGGACCAAACGGACCACCAGGACAGCCCGGACAGCCUGGUCAAUCUGGACCCCAAGGACCACCUGGACAAGAUGGAAACCCUGGACAAGAUGGUCAACAAGGACCUCAAGGAGACAUGGGUAAUAAUGGAGGCCCAGGAAACCCAGGACAAGACGGAAACCCGGGACAAGACGGAAACGUUGGACCAUCAGGCGGAUGCGACCAUUGUCCUCCACCAAGAACCGCUCCCGGAUAU